UCAAGACGCAAUAUCACACAUACUCCCACAAACACACACCAGGCAACAGUGCUGGUUUAUCUACCACAGAGUGCACUUUGUCUCUUGGGGCGACAAGUCAACACAUUCGCGCUCCUAUAUAAAAAGGCUGGGCCAGUGGUGCCUCUUACUCUGUUUUCUAGAGAAGAGGGAAUACAAUACGAGUGACACCAUGAAUAAGCUGCUUGUCAUUACUGGGCUGGUUGCGCUCCUCGCUCUCAGCGCUGAAAGCUUCCGUAUGCCGAGGCAGGCUGAGGAGGAGCAGGGAACCCUGACCAAGAUCACAGGCACCAUAAGGUCCUACUAUGACAAUGCCGUCAACACUGCCACUGGAUACCUGGAUAGCAUCAAGGGCCUGAAGCUGGAGGAGAAGGCAAAGAAUAUUUACACUGAUACUACCACUGUCGUGAGCACAUACGCUGGCAUCCUACAUGACCAGAUGUACCACAUCAUUUACCAGAAGUAAACAAAAACUGAUUUCCAAGACCUCAGCUACAAUUUCUGACAACAUGCAAACUUUCAAGCUCCACACAAAAGGCCCAAACGUCAAUUGGGAUUUCGAAUUUGCUCCUGUAUCCCCUCACCACAGACUCAGAACCAAUAAACGGCAUCUUCAAAAAAAAGUAGUGGACCCCUUGCUCUUUGUGGCACUUUCUUGGGCUACUGCACUGAUGAAAACUACCCAACAGGGACGGUAACAACAACAACAGCAACAACAACAAACAGCUUGUACAGAGGAACAGGACAGAAGAAGUUGGUGGACACAAGGGAAAGAGCACACAGCACCUUAUCAUGUACAACUGAAUUUCUUCCUGACUGUCAGAGUUAAGAAACAACCAUGCAAAUAUUGUAAUGUUCUAUCGCUCCCUACUUGUGUUCAGUCAUCCCACCUCUAAAUAAAUUAAAAUAUUUGUGUCAUAUCUUGAAAUAUUUUAUACAAAAA